AUGGAGAAGCUGUUAUGGUGCUUCCUCACCUUGGCCCUCUUCUCUCAUGCAUCUGGCAGGACAGACAUGCGCAAGAAGACCUUUGCAUUUCCUACACAGUCAGAUAAUCCCUACAUAUCUGACACCACUUCAAAGAAGCCACUCAGAGCCUUUACUGUGUGUCUCUACAUCUACACUGAACUGUCCAGGAUUCAUUCAUAGAACCUUUUCUCCUAUGCUAUCAAGAAACAAAAUAAUGACAUCCUUCUAUUUUGGACCAAGGACAUAGGAUGUUUUUUUUUUUUAGUGGGUGGGUCUGAAAUAAGAUUUGUGGUUUCUGAGGUGACUUAGGCUCCAAAUACAACUCACUUACAUGUGAGCUGGGAAUCCUCCUUAGGCACUGCAGAGCUCUGGGUGAAUGGGACUUCCAGGAUGAGGAAGAGUCUGAAGAAGGGCUUCUCUUUGGGGACAGAGGCAAGCAGUCUGGGGCAGGUGCAAGAUCCGUUUGGUGGAGGCUUUGGGGAAAGUCAGUCUUUAGUGGGAGACAUUGGAGAUGUGGACAUGUGGGAUUUUGUGCUUUCUCCAGGUGAUAUUAAUACCAUUUACAGUGGUGGGACAUUCAGUUCCAGUGUCCAAUGGCGGGCACUUAGGUAUCGAGCAUGUGGUGAUGUGAACGCCAGGUCUCAGCUGUGGACCUGA